AUGAUCGGUCUUACACAGGACCAAAUCGACCAAUUCAACACGGAAGGUAUGCUUUGCAUCCCAGAAUUUCUCUCUAGCGACCAAACAGCCCAGAUGUUGCAGGCUUCCCGAAGACUAUUGGAUGACUUCGACAUAUCUACCCAUCCCAAAACUCAAUUUAAAACUGGCGAUAACGACCAUAUUGGUGACCAGUACUUCUUCGACUCUUCGGAUAAAGUGUCUUACUUCUUCGAUGUGGAUGCCUUUGAUUCCAAUGGCACGCUCCAGAUGCCCAAACAGAAAGCAAUCAACAAGAUCGGCCAUGGGCUCCACAUGCACGAGAAGUUGUUCCAUGACAUCACAUUUGAUGCUCGUGUAAAGGCGGUGGCGAAAAAUUUGGGUUUUGGUGACCCUCGCGUACUUCAGAGCAUGCUUAUCUUUAAGAAUCCAGUUUCAUCGCAAGUCGAUGAAAGAGACAACGCUGUGCCUCCACAUACCGACGGAACGUUUCUCUUCACCAAACCCCAGCUGGCUGUAGGGUUCUGGUAUGCAUUAGAGGAUUGUACAGAGGAAAACGGAUGUUUGAAGUACAAUCCUGGAACCCACAAGACAGUACCUAUAACUAAGCGAUUUGUGAAGAUAGAUGGAGGUAAUAAGGGGUGUAAUUUCAUUGACGUGGAGCAUAGCGAUACAGAGAUUCCUGAGGAUCGUGAGGAAGACUACAAGCUGGUGGAAUGCAAGGCAGGCUCCUUGAUUCUUAUCCAUAAUUCUGUACUUCAUAAGUCGGAGAAGAACCGUAGUGGGAAGUCACGGUAUGCGUAUGCGUUUCACAUUAUAGAUGGAGUGGAGGGAUAUGACGAUUUGAAUUGGCUCCAAGUUCCACCUAGUGGUGGGACUAAUUUUCUGAAGUUAUAUGAGGAGUGA